AUGUCGUCCAACAAGACAAAAUACGUUGACCGGGCCAUUCCGACCAUCUCAAUUGCAGAUUUCGAAAACCGCAUCGAUGAGAUCACGGCGUCACUCGUCGAUGCGGCCGAGAAGGUCGGGUUCUUCUGCGUCGUCGACCACGGCAUCAGUAGACAAGAAGUUGACGACAUGUUCGCCCAGUCGGCACGGUUCUUCACGUUACCCGACGAGGUCAAGGCCAAGGUGCCAUUCUCUUCGGCUCACAACGCUGGCUGGGAGAAGAACGCGCAAGUCCGGCCCUCGACGGGCGCCGCCGACAAGAAAGAGUCGUACCAGAUGCAAUUCGGACGCAACAUGGACGGCAAGUGGCUCGACGAGAGCGACAUCCCGGGCUUCAAGGAAGCCAGUCUGAAGUUCAUGUGGCACGUCCAGGACGUGUCGGAGAAGCUCAUGCUCUGCCUGGCGCGCGGGCUGGGGUUUCCCGACGACUACUUCAUCCGCGCGCACGACGUCAAGCGACCCGAAAGCCAGACUGUCGCCCGACUCCUGCACUACUUUGAGACGCCGUCCAACACGAACGGGGAGGUGUGGCACCGUGCCGGCGCACAUACAGACUGGGACCUGCUCACUCUACUUUUCCAGAAGGCAGGGCAAUCAGGACUGGAGAUCUGUCCGGGUCGCGAAGUGAGCACGUCCUUCGGCCACGGCGACACGUGGACGAAGGUCGAACCGGACCCCGACUCGAACGCCAUCAUCUGCAACAUCGGCGACCUCCUCAUGUCCUGGUCCGACGACCGGUUCAAGUCGACGUUCCACCGCGUCAAAGCCCCCAGCGAGCCCGACGACUACUACGGCGAACGCUACAGCAUUGCCUUUUUCAACCAACCGUGCCGCGACACCCUCAUCCAGGGCCCCUUGAAGAAGUACCCCCUCAUCACCGGCGAGGAAUUCACACGGAAUGCGAUGAUGCGCAAUUUCAACGCUCUCGAAGCAAAGAGGCUUGCCCAAUCCAAGGCCGAAGCUGAAGCGGCCAAGAAUCUGUCUCCUUCUACCGUCAGCGGUGUGGUCGCCGAGGUGGGCGCUUGA